CCCGGAGAUUUCUCGAACCCUCCUCAGCCCUGUCUGUUUAGAGAAUCUAUACCUUAUUUCUCCCUCCACCUCUCUGUCUCUCUCUGUCUCUCGCUGAAAGCCGAUUACGACGCCGUUUAGCAGCGGAACCAUGUCGAUCCCAUCGUCGUCCUCCCAAUUCACCUACUCGAGCACCGGCACAAGCACCAGCGGUUCCUAUUUCCCCAUGCCCUUCCACCUCCAGCACUCGGCCGCUGCAACGACGCCGUCGCAGUACCCCACCCCCUACGUGGCCCCACUCCCCGUCGCCGCCCCCGUCUAUCCCGCUGCCCCCGCCCCCGCCGGCGCCGGCGCCUACUCCCUCCCUCAGUACCACCAGGCCCAACAGUUGUUUCAGAGGGAUGCGCAAACGAUUACACCCGAAGCACUUGAGAGUGUGAAGGCUGCCCUUGCGAGCAGUGAAAUUGAGCACAAAGCGGAGACUAAGAAGAAAGCACUGCCUCGCAAAGCCGCUGGCCAAUCUUGGGAGGACCCAACCCUCGCAGAGUGGCCAGAAAACGAUUACCGCCUCUUUUGUGGUGAUCUUGGAAAUGAAGUAAAUGAUGAUGUUCUUUCAAAAGCAUUUUCAAGAUUUCCUAACUUUAACAUGGCGAGAGUUGUCAGAGAUAAGAGGACUGGCAAGACCAAGGGCUAUGGAUUUGUUAGCUUUUCGACUCCCGCUGACAUUGCUGCAGCACUUAAAGAGAUGAAUGGUAAAUAUGUUGGAAAUCGUCCAAUCAAACUACGUAAGAGCAACUGGAAGGAGAGGACUGACCAUGAGGCAUUGGAAAGACAAAAGAACCAAAGUCAAAAGAAACCGAAGCUUUCGAAGAAGAGUGUCUUGCACAAGUGAGACUAAAGUUAUAUGAUGCGAAUGUAUUGAUGUUGAACAGUCUAAAGAGCUUUCUGUGCCUUUCUCCAUUUGUUAACUAAGGUUAUAUGAUUAUGUGAAUGUAAUGAUGUUGAACAGUCACAAUUAACAGAUGUGAAUGUUAUUGAAUCGAGUAUUGCUGAAGUGUUGGCUUUGUUCCA